AUGGCUUCCAACACAACCUUCGGGGCUACAAUUGUCCCAACGGAGCGAAACGCGAGCCAGGGUCGACUACUUCCAGUGGCCGACUCUCCAGCUCUCACACCUGCUGUCUCUCGUGACGGUUCACAACUCUCCGACUACGACAACCGGCCAAUCCCACCGCACUCGCCCUUUUACCAACACCCGCCCGCCUCGCACGAAGUCGUCGCCCACACCAGAUCAAACUCAGGCAAGCUGGACACCACCGGGUUCGAGAAGGAUGUGGAGCAUGGUAAUGCCACCCCGCUGGCGCCCUCGAGCGAGGAGCAUCCGUUUGGCAAGAAUGUAGCCAUUGUGGACAACAAGGAGUGUGAGAUGUGGCCCUCGAAACAGACGCUCAAGCAAAAGUACCAACAAGCAAAGAAGCAACGACGCGAGCAGAAGGGAGGCGUGUUUGCUCCGCUGGCAAACCGAUGGGCAAAGCUGAGCAAGAAGCAGAAGCUGUCGACAAAGCUCGUCAUCGCCUUGUUCUUGGUGGGCGUAGCUGUCGCAAUCGGCGUGGGCAUUAGUGUAGCCGUGAAGGGUUCCUACUAUGUCACCGAUGGCAGCAGCAAAGACAUUGGGCAGUAG